AUGGAGGGAAGUAAAGACACAUCGAGGAAGGUGGUUUCAGACACUGGAUCACAAAUAUCUGUGACCAAUGUCGGCCGUGAGGCAUUAGCUGAUGCACUCCCACCUCAUGAAUUAUAUGAAGGAGCUCAUCGAUAUGACCCAGCUGCUACAUGGACGGAAGCAGAGGAAAGAAAGGUAGUCCGAAAGACUGAUCUUUAUCUUUUGGUGUGGAUUUGCGUCAUGUUUUUCGGAUUGCAACUUGAUAGAGGAAAUCUGUCCAAUGCUACAGCGGAUGGCAUACUGAACGAUUUGAAGCUUACUACCGAUGACUACAACAAUGGAAAUACGAUUCAAUUGAUGUGUUUUAUGACAGCAGAAUUUCCGGUCCAGUUCCUGACCAAGCGUUAUGGAUUUAAACAUAUUCUCCCAAUCAUGAUGAUGCUUUGGGGUACCGUCUCCUGGACUCAGUCUUGGAUGCACGAUCGCACAUCUUUCUACAUCACUCGUGCCCUCAUUGGACUUUGUGAAGGUGGUUUCAUUCCUGGUACCAUUCUCUUCGCAACAUAUUUCUACACGUCAAAGGAACUAUCCGUUCGUCUCGCUUGUUUUUGGUCCACACUCAACAUCGCGAGAGUGAUCUCGGCUUUGCUUGCUGCUGGUAUCCUCACAAUGAGAGGAGUGGGUGGUAGACCCGGAUGGUUCUAUUUAUUCCUGAUCGAAGGACUCUUUACUUUUUUGAUCGGUUUCAUCAGUUACUUUUACCUACCUCAAUCGCCAACGCAGACUUCCAGUGUUUUAUGCCGCAAGUCAUGGUACACAGAGCGGGAGGAAGUAAUUAUGGUAAACCGAAUUCUUCGGGAUGAUCCAGCAAAAGGACUUACAGCGUUGAGAGAACCAGCCACAUUCAAAGAUAUUCGUGAGGCAUGGAGUGACUAUUCCAUGUGGGGACUUUACUUCAUCGGCCUGGUAGCCUACAUUCCUGCGACGCCUGUUCAAUCGUACAUCACACUCACAUUGAAGCGCUUGGGAUAUACUACCUUCAAUUCGAACAUGCUGACUAUUCCAUCUGCUGCCAUACAAAUCGUCACUAUGCUUUCACUUGCAUACAGCAGUGAUUUCUUUAAUGAACGUACGUUUCACUGUAUUUUCGGCGAAUUUUGGAUAUUGCCGUUACUCACUGCGCUCUUGACAAUCCCUGAUGGUGGAAGGGAGUGGGGUAGAUGGUCUUUGGUGACAUUGAUUUCUGGAUACCCUUAUUUCCAUCCAAUCGUCUCCGCUUGGAUUUCAGAAAACACAUUCGACGUCAAGAAGCGCGCUAUUACAGCAGCGACUUACAACGUUAUUGUCCAGAUUGGAUCCUUGAUCGGUUCUCAAAUCUAUCGCAAAUAUGAUGCACCAUAUUAUAAGCAAGGAAAUAAGGUUCUUAUUUCCAUUUGUGCAUUGUCACUUGUAACAUUUGUGGCGCAAAGACAAUACUUGAUUGUGUUGAAUAAAAGAAAGGAAAGGGUUUGGGACCAAAUGACCCUUGAAGAGAAGGCAGAAUAUCAAAAUGAUAGUGUAGCGAGAGAGAAGGAUGGUAAUAAGAGACUUGACUUUAGAUUUAAGUAUUGA